AUGAGCCAUAAAGCAAGUCAUAAUGAAGUCAUAGAUAUCACCGGUAUAAACGGUUCGACUGAUAAAAUUGCACGGAUUCUCAGCAUAACUCUGGCGCAGAUACUUAAAUAUGUCCCAGCGCAAUUUACCAAUACCAACAUGCUCCUCGAACGACGCAAGUCCCAGUUUACCAACGAGUGCGUUAUCGACUCGUUCUAUGUAGCAUCAUUGUACAGACAUACCAAAGCUUUGCAGGCGAUCUAUGAGUCACUACCCGAGCAUCAGUUCUCCGUUAACCUGCACGGAUUCAACAUAAACGUCAUAAUGGCCCUAUGCGUGUCUUCAGUGUAG